AUGUGUGCCGAGCGCAAACGCAGCUACGAUGAGAUUAAUGCGCUUUCAUACGAAGACUCAAACGAGCUUAUUAACCAGGUCAUAAAACGUCUAUUAGUGCCAACUGACCAGGUUGCAACCAAUGUUUCCAAGCAAUUCAGUAACGAGCUGAAUAUCAACAGUGAGGUUCAGGCAUAUGCAAAAAUAUCCGGUCGUACGUGGACAUAUUACGUCAAGACAUUGAAGAUAGUCAUAGGAAGAAGCACUGAUUCAUUACACGGACAUUCACACUCCCAUACGCCUUCUAUGGAGGACAGUAUUGAAGGAGUUAGUGGCAUGGGGGGAAACAGCACGAAUUCGGAAAGCGUUGACAUUGAUCUGGGACCUUCGAAAGUGGUCUCCAGAAGGCAUGCAGUGAUACAAUACAAUCUGGAUGCUAGACGAUGGGAAUUGUUCGUGUAUGGACGAAACGGCAUCAAAGUGGAUGGUGUACGUUUAAAUCUGCCCUAUGGUGCACCCUAUGUGUUGGGAUCCGGCAAUAUUUUGGACAUUGGUGGAACGCAGAUGAUGUUCAUCUUACCGGAUGCAGCUCCAAGUAUUGCAGAUUCGUUUCUUAAAGGUCUUCAACGGUAUUAUAACCCGGACAAAAGACCACGUACAGGCAUAUUUACUUCUGGAGGUGGAUAUUACGGGCCUUCUGGACGUGGCGGGUUCACAAGUGAUGGCUUGAAAAGAGGCACCGACUAUAAUAACGGAAAUGGUAUCAAGGCCUUUCAAAUGUACAGCAAAAACGGCUCAACAAUGACCGAGACGUCUGAAGGAGAAACAGAUGAUCAGGAUUAUUCGAGGGAGGAGGCAAAGGACAUGAAGCCUCCUUAUUCGUAUGCGACGAUGAUAACAAGGGCUAUUCUUUCUAACCCACAAGGGGUUUUGUCGCUAUCGGAAAUAUACUCGUGGAUUUCUUCGCAUUUUGCUUAUUACAGAUACAGCAAGCAGGGAUGGCAGAACUCGAUCCGGCACAACUUGUCUCUAAACAAGGCGUUUGAGAAAGUGCCGAGAAAGCCGGAUGAGCCCGGAAAGGGCAUGAAAUGGCAAAUAAGUGGAGCCUACAGGCGGGAAUUCAUGAAAAAAUGGCAUGAUGGAACGUUGAACAAGGGCAAAAGAGGUACGUCCGUUGCUAGGCAGUUGCAGCUGCAUCUAAUGCGCAACCACAUGCUUCCAGAUUCAGGCAGGAAGCCUCUGCCGGUUUCAGCGGCAAAAUCUCACCACAAGAGAAGAUCGUCAUCACAAAGAAGAAAAAGAGAAGACACUGAUGAAGGCUCGGAGACAGACGGACAGCACAGUCGCAAUUCCAGCAACGGAAGCAGCAUUCUUAGCAAUGGAACCAACGGAGCUUCUAAUAUGAAUUUGAAUUUGCAUGGAGCUUCAGCCACGCAACUGACACAGCCUUCGCCACCGGCUCUUUCGCAGUUUCACCACCCUCCUUCGACAUCAAACCCGGAUAAUGCUGCCUUAAGCAGUGCGAUAAGUGGACUCAACAGCCUUUCAAACUCCCCCGUUAGAAAUAUGAACGGAAACGGGUCACCGUCAAAAAAUCAUGAUGCUCUAGGCUAUAUGGCAGCAGUAGCAUCGGCAGAAAACGGCACUCUUAGAGGCUCUCUUUCGUUGGCGAUCAACCUGUCACCAUCAAGGCUAACUAGAGGCUCAUCGAAUCUUUCUUCACCCAUCAAACCACUCUCACUUCCUGAUUUUAAGCAGGAUUACGGGAUCUCCGGUGGCCCGAUGCUCACGAGGCAGGAUUCCUCCCAAGAAAGAUCGACUGCAUCCCCCAAAAAAGGUACAAACGAUAAACAUAGUCCGUUACGCGAGAGCCCAAGCCGGGGUGGUCCACAGUCGCGACAAUCGACCAACCAGUCGUCUGCAUUGUGGAACUAUGUAGAGUUUCCAACUCCUUCAGGAACAUCCAAGGAGACAAGCGGUGGACAGAAACAGGCCGAGGCUGAAAGUCCACUUAAGCAGAGAAAGGGGGAGAUAUGA